AUGACUGUUGCAAAAACCGGAUUCAUGUCUUUGAUCAAUGAUUGGUGGAAGGGCGAUGGUUCUAACUAUCAUUUGUAUGUAAACAAUUUGGCAGUCAACACAAAGUCAGUUGGGUUUCAUGUAAGAUCCAAUCUUGAGAAUGACAGCUGCAGUCCGGGGGAUUCAGACAACUCUUCUAAACCAUCAAAGGAAUCUCAGGCCUCAAUCUCUCGACGACAGUGUCUCACAUGCCUAUGUUCAACCGUUGCUUUGAUAAGCAAUUCUGCAAUCUCUACUUCCGUUCCAAAGGCAUUUGCACUGGAUGGAAAAGAGAGACCAGCUGGUUGCCGGAAUUGUGGGGGAAGUGGUGCUGUGCUUUGUGAUAUGUGUGGUGGUACAGGAAAAUGGAAAGCUCUCAAUAGAAAACGGGCUAAAGAUGUGUACGAGUUUACAGAAUGUCCAAACUGUUAUGGUCGGGGGAAACUAGUAUGUCCGGUUUGUUUAGGGACUGGUGUACCGAACAACAAAGGUCUGCUUCGGAGGCCUGAUGCAAAGCAGUUACUUGAUAAGAUGUACAAUGGUCGGCUAUUGCCAAACUCAUAA